AGAGAGAGAGGGAGAGAGAGAGAGACCAGUUGUUGAAGGAAUCGGUCGUUCGGCGCCUCCCGCGUGGCCAUGGCCGAAAUGGAACUAUGGAAGCAAUCUCCCGCACGUCGUCAUCGCUGAGUCAGUUCAUUCCUUCACGCAUUCCACAACCCCGGCCCCUUCCUUCCUUGAAUGAAUCCUUAUCGAUCCAUCGGAUUCGGUUGUUGAGUACAAAUGCAAGCAAAGCAAAGAAACAUCCACAGGAGCCACGCAUUCUCCUCUCCGGCACAUUUAAUUUCUUCUUCAUCUUCAUCCCAAAUUCAUCUGUGCUUCAACUUCCGAUCGAUCGCCAACCAAGAUCAUGGCAUCUUCCUCCUCCUCCUCUCUCAGGCAGAGGCCGAUCUCUGCUCAGCAACCGCAGCUCCAAGAAGAGCAGCAGCAGCCCACCCCAAAGCAAGAACAACAAGGAGCUGCAGCAUCGGCUUCGCCGCCGCCGCCGCCGUCAACGUUAUCCCAAGCGCUCACCUCGACGGCGAACCUGGCCAACCUUCUGCCCACGGGCACGCUCCUCGCCUUCAACCUCCUCGCACCCACCUUCACCAACCACGGCGCCUGCGACGGCACGACCGCGCUCCUCACCCGGGGCCUCCUUGCCGUCCUCGCCCUCUCCUGCGUCCUCGCCUCCUUCACAGACUCCAUGAGAGGCCCCGACGGCCGCGUCUACUACGGCGUCGCCACGCCCAGGGGCCUCUGGCUCCUCGACUACCCGCCCGGCGCGCCGACGCCCGGGGACACGUCCAGGUACAGGCUCGCGCUCGUCGACUUCGUGCACGCCGCGCUCUCCGUCGCCGUCUUCGGGGUCGUGGCGGCCAGGGACAAGAACGUCGUGCGCUGCUUCUGCCCGGCGCCCGCCAGGGAGACGGAGGAGGUGCUCGACAUCCUGCCGCUCGGCGUCGGCGUGCUCUGCAGCCUGCUCUUCGUCGCAUUCCCCACCAGGCGGCACGGCAUCGGAUACCCCGUCACCAACGGCAAUUAACUUUGAAUUAACCUUGGAUCGUAUAUAAGCACUGAUUGAUCGCUACCACCAUUCUACUACUAGCAUCAAUCACGGAGAGCUGAAUUAUCGUAGUGUCACCGCAUACGAGCAAGGCAAAAGUAUUUAUUGGUUGAUGCAUUCAUUCAUGUUGUUCAGUUCCUUUACUUUAUUUUGUUGUAUCGAAAUAUAAUUGAUUAUACAAAUACUUAUUUAAAGUA